GGAUCUCCAGUAUUGUCCCGUGCACUCCUAGUGUAGAGGGAGGCAGCAUCCAGCCUACGGAAGAGUGGGAGCCUCCUCGCUUCCAUUUUAGAAGAAGAGAGAACAGCUGUUGGACGACGGCGAAGACAGCGGGGAGCUCUUGUUUUCCUUCCGUCGCUCAUUUUCAGCUUCGGCUUCUUUGACUAGCUUCAACUUUAAGCGGGGAAGGGAAGGGAAUCCAUGCUGGAGAAAAAGGGCCAUUGGAACAAGUGGAGAAGAGGAGGCCGAGGGAUCAAGGUGUAAUGAGAGCACCGGUCACGGACAGAUGAUGGACGUGGAGACGUCGUACUCGGACUUCAUCAACUGCGAUCGCAGCGGGCGCAGGAACGCCGUGCCAGACAUCGCCGGCGAGGGCAAAGCGGACGCCGUCACCCAGGAAAUGGCCCGCGUUGACUUGAAGGAUACAGGCGAGCCUGAGGCAUCUCCGACCCCCGAGGCCGAGGGCUCCGCUGGUCAAGAGGGCCAGGGCGGCGGCGGUCCGUCCUAAACGGGAGCGACGCCGAAUUUCAUUUGGGACGGACGAGACGGCGCCGUGCAGACGCUCAGCUUUGGAAUUCCGCAUCGGACAGCGGCAGACACCCUUUGGACAAUUUCGGCUAAUAAGCGCAUGUCCUUUUUCUUUCUCUAUGUGUGCGUGUGUUUGUAAUCUCUUUCAUGAUGGAGUGUUUUUUUUUUCCCCCCAAUAUCCAACUUUAGUCUCCAUGAAAGCCUCGUGUAUUUAUUGCUAAGUGUUCAGUGAUAACUUUGUUAUAGCGAUUUUCAUUGUGUAAUAAAAAAAAAAAAAAUUUCA